CACUGUGGAGUCAGAGGAUCUAUUUUCAUGUUCCAUUUGUGUAAAAUAUUUUCAAAGCAGAAAUUCAAUAACAAUAAUAAUAAUGUCUUUCUAUUAUUUCUCAGUUAUCAAUAGCAAAACAAAAUUACACCAAAAAGAUAGCGAAAACCUUUUUUAACGCAAAAAAAUAGCGAAAACAAAAUCUAAAUAUUGAAAGUAAGACAAGAAUGAUGUAGGACUCUAGCGUCUGUUAAUUAUUCGAUGCUCAUAAAUUCAUAAUAGACACUGCAAGAUAUAUUUUAGUCAAACGUGACAAGUUGAUGACAAUGAAUUAAGAUAUGGAAAAUAAACAAGGCAUGGCCAUGUUGUUACUUCGUGCUUUAUUUUUAAUCACGCUUAUAAUUAGAACAUUAUUCCAAAUAACUAAAAUAGUAUUCACAAUAAUCAAAUGUUCAAACGUGCAGAUCUCAUACGUAUAAUCGCUUGUUGCCCCCUCUUUGCUACUUAUUGUUUAUUCACAUGUAUAUAAAUAUCCAUUCACAACUUUUACGUGAAUACAAUAUGAUUUGAUCUCUUUGUUAUUUUAUAUAUGGUUUAAUUUGUUCUUAAUAAACUCACUCAGUUUAAUCUAGUUUUCGCGAAAUAUGUAACAUCAUGCUUUAUUAGAUCAAUACGUUCUCUCUGAUCGUCAAUGUGAUCUUCCAUCAAGCUAAGUAUGCCUUAUUCAAUGUGUUCAUGCUAUUUAUAUUUUAACUGAUGUAUACAUGUGAUAAAUAUGUUACUUUAAUCCGGUCAUAUAUAGCAUGAUUAAAUAUUUAAUUAAUUCUUGUUCUAUACCAUGUGCUAGUCGUCUCAUAACUGGUAGGUGCACAAUUAGAUUGCAGCUCAUGUAUUCUUAGAUUUACCAAGAAGUUUAGUAUAAUUAUGUAUCUAUAUCGUAGAAAAAAUAGUUAUAAAAGAGUAUGUUUGUUUAUCGAAAGUGGAAUUAUGAAUUGUUGGCUUGAUAAGAAUCUUAUCACAUGCAUCAUAAUUAGCAGAUUUGACUUUUCUUUAAUUUGAUUUUACAUACGUUUGUUGUCUACCGGCAUGUUACUGGGGUAUGUUUAUGUACGGUUUGUAUAAUUAAAUUUUGGUCACAGUUUGCUACAUACAAUUAUAGAUAUUCAUACAUAUGGAAUUAUUAGUAUCCGUUUCUUGUUGCUUUAUGGUUUAUUGGUUUUGAUCUCCAAUUAUCGGAAAUGUUAAUAUCUCUUUAAAUCUUAAAAAAUUACUGGAAAUUAUUAAUGUAGUGACGUUGAUUUAAUCCUAUAAAUUUAAUUUUGGAAUCAAAUGUCAAUGUUUACUAACAUAUGUUUAUAUAUUCUCCCUCUGUCUCAUAUUAAUUGCCACUUUAUCAUUUUUAUCUUGUUACAUAAAAAGUGUAAUCUACAAUUUCAAUAAAAUUUAGAUUUAUUUUUAGCUUAAUAUUAAUUAUAAAAUGCAUUAAUUUUAUAAAUAGAUGAAAUUAACGAAAACAUAAAUGCAUUUCAAUCAUUUUCUUAAUAUGUAUAAAAAAUGUAUAAGCGACACUCUUUGUAAAACGAAUGGAUUAUUAAAUUUUAGACGAGAUAUUAAUAAACCAAGAAAUUAGACGCAUUGGUCCAAAUGAUAAAAGGGUCCCGGCUCAAACUUCCGCAAUCUAAAUUUAAUUUGCAUUGAGAGAGAUUAUUUACAAUGCUUAGAUUUCGAUGUGAAAUCACUUUUUUUUAAUAAUUAACCAAGAAAAUAAAACCUUCUCGAUGUCGUCAUCGUGCAGUCUUCAUAGAUGGUCAGGUAAAAUCAUGUUACCUGAAAAUUGACAUCUGCAAUCUAGUAUUUGUUCAAUAAAUUUAUGAACUGGCUGAGAAUAUUGUUUAGUGACAUGACAAUAGAAAAUUAAUGAGUAUGAUAAUGCAUAUGAAUAUUAAUUAGUUUAAUAAUAGGGUGUUCAUGAUAAUGUCUUAGUUUAACCUCUGUUGGCUAAUUGGUGUUUAAUUAAUCUAUACUUAAUUAGCGUAGCAUCCUUCUUUCUUCAAUCACUAUUAGCAUUUGGGAUUAAAGGUUCCUUUGACCAAUUGCUUUGCGACGCAAGGAAGCAGAAAAAAUGAGAAAUCUUCAUUUCCUCAUCUUAUUUCUGUUGAGCAUCUCGACAUCCAUACAUUAUGUUGUUGUUACUUCUUUGCAUGUGAAGUAUCUUCCUGGUUUUGAAGGUCCUCUUCCUUUUGCGCUCGAGACAGGGUAUGUGAGUGUUGGUGAAUUUGAGGAUGUUGAGCUCUUUUACUACUUUGUGAAAUCAGAGAGAAAUCCACAAAAAGAUCCUCUCAUGAUUUGGCUCACUGGUGGGCCUGGAUGCAGCUCCAUUUGUGGACUACUCUUCGCAAACGGUCCUUUAGCUUUCAAAGGAGAUGUAUAUAAUGGGACACUGCCUCCUCUGGAGCUAACAUCUUUUUCUUGGACAAAGGUGGCUAACAUUUUAUAUUUGGAAUCUCCUGCUGGCUCUGGAUAUUCUUAUGCCAAAACUCCGCGUGGUGCGGAGACGAGCGACACCAAACAAAUUCAUCAAAUCGAUCAAUUUCUUAGAAGAUGGUUGGUGGAUCACCCUGAGUUUAUAUCGAAUCCAUUUUACGUUGGUGGAGAUUCAUAUUCCGGGCACAUUGUUCCCGGAGUUGUGCAACAGAUUUCACUUGGAAAUGAGAAGGGUCUCACACCAUUCAUAAGUAUUCAGGGAUAUGUUCUUGGAAACCCUAUAACAAAUCUAAACCUUGAAUCUAAUUAUAAAGUUCCAUUUGCUCAUCGGAUGGGACUUAUUUCAGAUGAGCUCUUUGAGUCGCUUGAAAAAAGUUGCGGAGGAAUACACAUUAAUCUAGAUCCGAGUAAUGCAAAAUGCUUAAAUGAUCUUCAAGCUUACGAUAAUUGUAUCUCGGAGAUAUAUGUAGAGCAGAUUUUGUUACCAAACUGCCCAGUAGAUUACGUCUUAGGAGACAUACCACAAACCUUACGAAACAUCAAAACUGGUAGAAGGCGAGAACUGAAAGAGUUUUCAGGAAACGAUACACCAUCAUUGCCUCCUCCUAGCUGCUUUACUUAUAGGUAUUUUCUGUCUGCUAUUUGGGCAAACGAUCAAAAUGUACGCAAAGCUCUAGGCGUCAAGAUGGAGUUAGGAAAAUGGAACCGAUGCAACAUCCAAAACAUUCCAUAUACAUUUGAUAUUGACAAUGCCGUUCCAUAUCACGUGAACAAUAGUCGUAAAGGGUUCCGCUCCCUCAUCUACAGUGGUGAUCAUGACAUGAUGGCACCUUCCUCUUCAACGGAAGCAUGGAUCAGAAGUCUCAACUAUUCCAUUGUUGAUGACUGGAGACCUUGGAUGAUGAGUAGCUAUCAAGUCGCUGGAUAUACAAGGACUUACGCUAAUAAGAUGACAUUUGCAACCAUCAAGGGAGGAGGACACACCGCUGAGUUUCCAGACCAAUGCUCACUUAUGUUUAAAAAAUGGAUUGAUGGAGAACCUCUCUGAAGUUUCUCACUCAUUUCUCUCUCAAAAGCUUCUUGUCAACUGUCAAAUCACGAAACUUAUUUUCAUGUUCCAUUUAAAUUGUUCCAAAAAAACAUUGGUUUCAUAAUAAUGUCUUUAUAAAAAACAGUUCCGUUCACGUUUCCAGUUUUUAUAUUUUAAACACCCUGAAUGUUACGUUGGGGUUUCACCUAUUUGAAAAAGCUCACUGCUAUAGCAUGCAUGUAAAAGUAUUUAGACACAUGCAAAUAAGAUCUUAUAUAGAACCUAAACAUAUCAAACAUACAUAAACACAAAAGCAAAAAAAAAAUUGAAAUUCAGAAAAUAUGAUAACAAAAAACUAUUACAAUAUUUUGUUAAAAAUAAAAGAAUCAUACUUUUUUCUAUUGAUGCUACACUUGAAAUAAAUAAAUAAAAGCUCUGUUUGAUGGCAAAGUCACAAAACCUGGUUUCAUGUUCAAUUUAAUUAUUAUUUUCAAAAGGAUGAAACUAAUAAUAAUGUCUUUAUUAUCUCACUCAGUCAUCAAUGGUGAAAAAUAAAAUCUCAAUGUUUACAUCUCUCUUUAGAAAGAGAGAAACAAGAAUGAUGUAGGACUCAUGAGACUGAUCAAAAUCAAAUUAUUCGAGCUCACGACAGGACAUUGCAAAGAUAUAAUUUUCUUAAGCUGUUCAGAAUAGUGAAAGGUCUCCAGCAUCAACUGAUCUCUUCACAAGCUUAGCCCAUGAUUCAUUUGUUUCAUGGAUGAUCUUCAAAGCAUAGUCCUGU